GGAUGAAUCAAAUGGCCUUGGCCGCCUUCCGGAGCACGUGAGGGGUCUGUGCGGCGAUCAAAAGCUGACCCGUAACCGGCACCUUUGUUCUUGACGCCCACCUCGCACGACGAUGCCAGCUCAAUCUUACGAGCUGUACCGGGCGUCGAGUAUCGGCAUGGCCCUCACCGACUCUCUCGACGAGCUGAUUACCAGUGGGGCGAUUACACCUCAGCUUGCGAUGAAGGUGUUGCAGGUUUUCGACGAGGCAAUCUACGAGAAGCUAGCGAAGACCGUUGGUACUGGACCCGAGAAGGCGAAAGCUACUCUCAAGGGGAAGAUGAAGACCUAUCGUAACUGCGAUGACGUUUGGACGUUCUGGCUCAAUAAUGUAACCCUUAAGGUCGAUGGGCCCCAGGACUUUACGGUUCCAAAGAUGAAGAUCAUCGCGUGCAAACACGAGGAUACUGGAGAUGGUAGCUCGAAGAAGUAGUGACCUACCGUUCUGGAGCUCAAUGCUUCCCGCAUCUCGGUCUGGAGCUUAUGAUCUUCCUGAGCAUUCUAUCACUCAAUGUAUUACUGACUAUUCCUUCGUGGAUGUAUUAUACAACCUUAUAACAUAGGUCCGAGGUUUAAACAUCGAGCGACUCCGACUGUAAAGC